AUGAUGAGCCCUGCUUUUGUUCUGUGGGAUUUGAUGCAUCCCUUAUAUACCUAUGGCUCCAUCUUCAUUAUUAUCUUAAUUAUCUGGCAAGUGAAAAACAGUUACCAAGGAUUAGGGUUAGAACCUAAAAGGAGCUGCUGCCAGCGUCACCGAACACUCAGACACAAAGCUAAAGAUGCAGUAUCUAGAGCUAGGAGACUUUCCUGGAGAGAAGCUGAGAAGCCAUGGGAGCUGCUGUCUGUCAUGAAAAGCCAGAGCUGGCUUCCCCAGGAGGGACGUGUGCGGAGGCUACUAUGUGCAGAUACCUGCUGCCAAGUCUGCAAUACCAUGGCUCUGGAGAUCCAGCAGCUGCUGGAGAGUGAGAACACCCUGAUAUCUCCCACUUCACUGGGGCCAUCACAGAGUUCCUCUUCCCUGGAGAUUUUACCCAAGUCCAAUUUAUUUUUUGAGCACAGUCUGGAGCAUCAUUCCACACACACUCAAGAACUUUCACUUCCACCUGCAACCCCUUCAGCAUCACAAUUAAUGGAUCAGAAAUGCUUAACCUUGCCAGCUGCCCAGUCACCCAAUUCAGUUUGCAUCCAUGAUUACUGGGCUCACCACCUACAGCUACGUCAGGCAUUUCAAGUGCCAGAAAUUCCCAGGGCCCCAGUGACUAUGUCUUCUUCAAAGUCUGAGGAAUCUAGGAUUCCAGUGAACCAGCAGAACAUAUUAAAGAGCAACCUUGACCUUGUGUGUGGGAACCAAGAUCAGCAGCGCUUGUAUCCCCAGGUCCCUCUGCUGACCAUGAACCAAGUGAUCACUACCAUGACACAUCCUGUAGCCUUACCUAUGCUCACUGUCCUCCCUACCCACCUGCCAUUCCCCAGUCCUGAAGUCCUGAGGCUUCUGGAGGUACAUGUCAAAAAAUGGAUGCAUUUCCAGAGGUGGGGGCUGCCCAGACGUGUAGAGGAGUCCCUGAAGCAGCUUAUGCCAAGCCCACCAUUGUUUUACCAACCUCUGAAUAACCAACCAGUUUCUUUCAUUCAAGACGAUACUUAUGAAUUCUCUGCUGAGAAACUUGCAGCUACUUCCUACCAGACCUGGGGUUCAUGUAUGGCUGGCCAGGCAACCCAGGCAUUCUGGGUUUCUCAAUGGUCUCUUACAGACCCAAUACAAAGACACCACUACCACCAAAACCCAAACCACAUGGCUCUGGCCUUGCCCUCUGCAGCCCUUAAAGAUUUCAGUGGCUUCUACCCACUUCCUGGGCAACAGGCUGAGGACUCUGUGGGCCAUUUGCAGCAGAAAUACAGCCAGCUAUUCUGUGGCCUCCCUUCUCUGCACAGUGAGUCCCUGGCUGACACCUUCUUGGGCUCUCAAGGUCACUCCACAAACAACAGCCUGCCCAGGCUCCCCUUGAAGGAUCCUUUUCUCCUCAAGGACCUCUCCUUCCUCCCUCUGUUGCCUAAAACACCACCCCAGUCACACCCACCCUCACCCCCAUCAUCCCCAAAUUGGGUCAUGCCCUGUGACCAUCCACCAGCUCAGGCCAAUGUCCCAUUUCUGACUCUGGCCCAGUGUGAAGCCUUAGAGUGGCACCUACUGCAGAGGCAGCUCCAGCGGCAGUGCAGUUUGCCAGCUGUUUUCCAGAGAGCUCAGCAUACCCAGAGCCCUGUGACAUAUAAGUGUGGUGACACAGCCCAGUCUCCAGAAACUGUGAAAACUUCCUGGCCAGGAAAGCCCAUCUCCAUCCUCACAAGAGAACUCCUCUUGCCAGACCAUACCCGGAGGCUGCUGAAAUUCCACCUCCAGAGGCAGUUGAUUCACCAUCGCUGGGGCCUGCCCCCAAAGAUCCAGCAGUCCUUCAAGUUGCUCCUGUCCCCCACUCACCAGCAGACUCCAUCCUGGAGCAGCACAACCCUAGCCAGUGUGAGUGGUCCCCACCCCUCAGCCCUAGAAGCCAUUGGUGGGGCUGGUGACACUUUGGCAACACUUGAGGACCGAGUCCUCAUGCCACACUUAUUUGACCAAGUCAAGGCAAUACUGAAGAGCCACAUCAACUCCAAAUGUGAGCAGAUUCACCAGGGCAAGGUCCCUGACCAUGUAUAUAGGUCUUGUGAGUGCAUCAUUCCUGGGGGUCUCGAAGUAGCUACCUUCACCUGCAUCCCAGAAAGCAAGCCCCUGGAGUUACAGGCAGCAAUGGACACGGACCUACAGCAGGAAAUUAUGUCCAGGAUGCCGACAUCCCUAGAUCAGCAGCAACAGACCUCACCAGUAGCUGUCACUGAACAUCCAAAGCUACCUCGAACCCUGUCCAAGGAAGCCAUUGAGAAACUGAAGACAACUUUACGGCACAAGUAUCUGGCCUUCUUGUCAGGGCUGCCUCCUCCUUAUUAUGUGGCUCCUUCCAAGGCCAUUACCCCAGCAAUAACUACUGAAGCUAUAGUCACAGAGGUGGUACCUGAACCUGUUGAAAUCUUAACAGGACCUCUGACUGCAUUUCCAGAGGUGGGGGCUGCCUCUGACACUGAAGAGAAGUGUUGUCUAAGCCCUGGGCCAUGCCUUCAAGGUGCCAAUGACACUUGUGCAGAAACUGCAGAUGAUACUCAGCCUGAAGUGCCUGUGGAAGGAAUGAUUGAGACACAGCCUCUAGAAAGCCAGACAGAGUCUGCCAAGCCCUACCUCCUCAAGAAAUCCAUCCUGGCCAAACUAAAUUUCCAUCUGAGAAGGAAAAUGCUAGAGAUACAAUGGGGAAUUCCCACAAAGGCUAGGGAGUCCAGGAAACAAACUGCAGUAAUCCCAAAGACCACAUCCACACAGGCGUCUCUUGGGAGUCUAAACAACCGAGGAGAUGCAUCACUCCAGGAUCUCCCCAUCCCACCAAACAUUCCCCGUGCCCCAGAUCCAAAAUGGCUCUGCCUUAAAGGACAGCUGGCCCUCGAGUUAAAGGCAGUGCAGCAGAACCAGAAGCAACCUAGUUCCAGAGCAGCACCCCAUGCCUCUGCCUACAAGUUCUCCAAGAUGUCACAACCCAGUGGAGACAUGACAGAGGGCCAGGUGCUUUGUGUUCAGGUGGAGACCAGUGUGAACAAGCCCAGCCUGGAGGAGCCCUGGAGCCCUGAGUCCCAAAGCCCUGGCAAGAGCAAGUAUUCAGCCCAAGUGCCCAAGCUGGCUAAAAAGGAAAAGGAGCCAGGGAAACCCAAAUCAGCAGGAGACCACGGAGAAGGAGAUGCAGGGUUAGUGCUCUCCUCAGCAAGAGAAAAAAGCCACUCUGCUGAAGCCCAGAGGCCAGAAGGGAUGCUGCUGAACAGGACACCCCAAAGCCCCCGGAGACGGAGACACAGCUUGCACCUUGAUGCUCCCUGUCAACACAGUUCCCAGCAUCACCCUCAGCUCAAACCCCCAGAGCCACCUCCAGGAAUCUCUGGAGGGGAGAAAUCGAAGAAAAAUGGCCUGCAAGACAGUCAAACCAGGCUCAAUGUCAGCCUCAACCCAGCAAGGAUCCCUCAGAAUGUCCAGCCUGUGGGGUUCCAGGUGUCACAGGGCCAUCCUUUCCCAGGCCAUCUCAUUCAGCAUAAGCCAUCACAGGGACAAAUUUUGCAAGGUCGGGUUUUGCAGAGGCAGGUGGUGCCAGUCCAUUGUCACAUGGGGCCCACCCUUCCAGAAUCGGGCUUGAGAAAUACGAUGAAGUCCUUUCUGCAGUGUCUAAACCCCAAGGCAAAAGGCAAAGGGCACAAGGAACCCAUGUCUUUGGCAGCUGAGAAAAUGGCCCACACCAGAAAAGAAAAGGUACAAAAGAAGCUGGCUCCAGCCAGAAGCUCCAUGGACAGAACUAAGACAGAGAAGAAGGCAAGAGGGAACCUCAAGGCCCAGUCUCCCCCUACUGAGAAGCAGGUGGGCCUGUACUUCUCAGGUGGCUCCCAUUCCCCAGAUAGUAAGCUCCGGCACCGCUCCUGCUUCAAUCCACUCCACUCUGCCUCAGGCUUGGGCCCACCCCGCCACUGCCCUCGGCACUGUCCUCUACUGGCUUGUGCCACCCAACCAGGGAACCCACCCUAACUCUCAAUUCUCACCUCAGAAGGAAAUACUGGCCUGCUCAAGAGGACCCAGCACAAUCCAAAGGUGGUGUAGGCUCUUCAAUGUCUGUGUCCCUUGAAGAACACUGCUACUGUCAUAUUCAUUCAUGUGCAGGUGGGACAGAGUGCCACUCAAAAUACAGCUAUUUGUCUAAGCAAAGACUCGUCUGUCUGCUCCUUCUCUGCACUGUGGUGUGUUA